AUGAAGCAGAGCUGGGGACCAGAGCUGCUCAUCCUGGGAGCAGUGGUUCUCAUGGAGGGUCUUCAAGCAGCUCAGCACGUAUGUGGGCAGCGUGGCCCUGGCCCCCCCGAGCCUCAGGAGGGCAUCACAGCACCUGGUGAGUGGCCCUGGCAAGCAAGUGUGAGGAGGCGGGGGGUCCACAUCUGCAGCGGAUCCCUAGUGGCAGAUACCUGGGUCCUCACUGCUGCCCACUGCUUUGAAAAGGCAGCAGUGACAGAACUGAACUCCUGGUCAGUUGUCCUGGGUUCUCUGCAACGUGAGGGGCUGAGCCCAGGGGCCAAGGAGGUGGGGGUGACCGCCCUGCAGCUGCCGAGGGCCUAUAACCACUACAGCCAAGGCUCAGACCUGGCCCUGCUCCGACUCGCCCACCCCAUGGCCCGCACACCCCUCUGCUUGCCUCAGUCUACCCAUCGCUUUCCUUUUGGGACCUCCUGCUGGGCUACUGGCUGGGAUCAGGACACCAAUGAUGCUCCCAGGACUCUACGGAAUCUGCGCCUGCGUCUAAUCAGCCGCCCCACGUGUAACUGUCUCUACAACCGGCUGCACCAGCGGCUGCUGGCCAGCCCAGCUCGGCCUGGGAUGCUGUGUGGGGGCGCCCAGCCUGGGGUGCAGGGGCCCUGUCAGGGAGAUUCUGGGGGCCCCGUGCUGUGCCGUGAGCCUGAUGGACAUUGGGUUCAGGCUGGGAUCAUCAGCUUUGCAUCAAGCUGUGCCCAAGAAGACACUCCUGUGCUGCUGACCAACAUGGCUGCUCACAGCUCCUGGCUGCAGGCUCGAGCUCAGGGGGCAGCCUUCCUGUCCCAGAACCCAGAGACCCCAGAGAUCAGUGAUGAGGACAGCUGUGUAGCCUGUGGAUCCUUGAGGAGAGGAGGUCCCCAGGCAGGAGCCCCCUCCCCAUGGCCCUGGGAUGCCAGGCUGAAGUACCAGGGGAAGCUGGCCUGUGGUGGAGCCCUGGUGUCAGAGGAGGUAGUGCUGACUGCUGCCCACUGCUUCAUUGGGCGCCAGACCCCAGAGGAAUGGAGCAUAGGGCUGGGGACCGGACCAGAGGAACGGGGCCUGAAGCAGCUCAUCCUACAUGGGGCUUAUACCCACCCAGAGGGGGGCUAUGAUGUGGCACUCCUGCUGCUGGCCCAACCUGUGACACUGGGCCCCAGCCUUCGGCCCCUCUGCCUGCCAUAUGCCGACCACCACCUGCCUGAUGGGGAACAUGGCUGGGUCCUGGGGCUGCCCCGCCAAGAAGCAGGUGCCAGCUCCCCUCAGACAGUGCCUGUGACCCUCUUGGGACCCAGGGCCUGCAGCCGGCUGCAUACAGCUCUUGGGAGCGACAGUAUCCCCAUUCUGCCAGGAAUGGUGUGUACCAGUGUUGUGGGUGAGCCGCCCCACUGUGAGGGCCUGUCCGGGGCACCACUGGUGCACGAGGUGAGGGGCACAUGGUUCCUGGCUGGGCUACACAGCUUUGGAGAUGCCUGCCAAGGCCCUGCAAGGCCUGCAGUCUUCGCGGCACUUCCCACCUAUGAGAACUGGGUCAGCAGUUUGGACUGGCAGGUCUAUUUUGCUGAGGAGCCAGAGCCCGAGGCAGAGACUGGAAGCUGCUUGGCUAACAUGAGCAAACCAGCUGGCUGUUGA